AUGGACGGGGCGAAGCGCAAGGGCGCCCGCUACGUGGAUUUGCCCAGGCGGCUCCAACGGCUGAUCACCGAGGCCUCGGAGGAGUUUGCCUUUGGGAGGCAAGCGGACGCCCACGAAGCCCUGAUGCUCCUGCUCUCGCGCUGGCUCAACGGCUGCGUCAAGGUCGGCGACGGAUCUGGCGAUUGCUCCAAGCUCGGGUACGCUGAGAAGGAGCAGCUGGAGGCCAGCAGCAUGGUUGGCCAUGUGUUCAGUAUGUUGAUGGGUUCUCGCGUGGCCUGCAACGCCUGUAGCUACGAGUCCUUGGUGACGCGGGUUGAGUACUGCCUAUGUCUCACGGUGACGCUCGGCAUGACGGAUGAAGAGCUGCAGAAGUGCCGGCAGGAGAGCGCCGAGAAGCAGAUGAACCGCUGGUGCCUUCGGCGGCCGCUGCCCGGCCGGACCUCGGAGUCUUCGGCGAGCCCGACGUCACUGGCGAAGCUGCUGGACGAGUACACCAAGGAGGAGCACAUCGCAGAUUUCAAGUGUGAAAAGUGCAAGAAGCAAGGUGCCUGUCGCACGUCCUUCCUACGUCGGAGGCCGAAUGUCUUCGUCGUCUACAUCGACCGCCGUCAGGACACGAACUUGUUCGGCAAGAUCAACAGGAGGGUGAGCUUUCCGCUGGAGCUUGACCUCAGUCCGUGGAUUCCGGCCUCUGACCGGGAGAGAUUCCAUCGAGAUCAGAACGGUGAAGGGCUCCUCUACCAGCUCUACGCGAUGUGUGUCCACCAUGACCUCCGGGGCUCGACGGCUUCGGGACACUACGUGGCCUAUGCCCGCGAUCGCCACGAGACAUGGUACCACAUCGAUGACGAGAUGGUGCGACAAGUCCAGUGGUGCGACGUGGAGGAGCAGCACCCCUACUUGCUCUUCUACAUGGCCCAGCACCCCGUGGAGCUGGCCCACUGCUGA